AACUUGCAAUAAUGUAAAAAAACGAUUUAAUCAUCUUGAAUCACCAAAUAUGAACACAUUUCCUGAGUCAAGACGUGUUCAGGCAAACUGUGGUGAAUGAUGUAGUUAGAGGUCAACGACCUGCAAAACAUCUCCGCGUUUCUUCAUUUUCCCUCGUAAUAAUCCCGAAAAGACUUUCCUUUCUCCACUCCUUGGAUUUUGGAAGCCCUGUCCUGUAAGGGGGUGGUAUCUGAACGCCUCAGAGGGAUUUUUUCAGCGUGUCGGGGCAGGACAGCUUCCUCAUUUUCUCUCGCCUCAGUACUGAUUCUGUGAGGAAACCUCUGAGCUGCUUCGAUCCCCGUCCUCUGGAGCCGUUCUUUUUUUUCUCCCAACGCUACGAUGGAGGAUGAGAAAAGGAAAUGAGAAUGCCGGACAGCUGGGAUUCACAGGGGAAAGCAGCAGAAGGGAUCAGAGGUCCAAUUGGGCCGCAGAAAGAUGAGAGGAAAGCGACGCAAAAGAGAACCUUCACAAGAUGGAUAAACAUUUUUCUGCAGAGACAUGAAGCAUCUCUUGAAGUGGGCGACCUUUUUGAUGAUAUUCAGGAUGGAAAAGUGCUCAUGGUGCUUCUGGAGGAGCUGACGGGGUGCAAGCUAUUUUACAGGUUUCGAACCCCCUCCCAUCGCAUUUUCAAACUGAACAACAUUUCCAAGGCUCUGGCUUUCCUGGAUGACAGACAUGUGAAGCUGCUUGGCAUCGAUGCUUCCAGCGUCGCUGACGGCGUUCCCUCCGUUGUUCUCAGCCUCAUUUGGAACAUUAUCCUGCAUUUCCAGGUAAAGAAGGUGACUGGAAGACUCCAGAGACGUUUGUCCUCCAGCCUGUCUUCCUUGUCAUCUGAAAAUGACCUCCAACCUUCGCCGGAUGAUGGCGGCUGCUAUUCCUGCAACUCCCUUCCGAGGAAAAGUAGGAAGCCGGAACGAGAGCCAAAGUACCACGGCAAAACAAUCAGGACGCUCCUGCAGUGGGUUCAGAAAUGCACAUCAAAGUACGGUGUUGACGUCCAUGACUUUGGGAGGAGCUGGAGGUCUGGUCUGGCUUUCCUAGCGUUGAUCAAGUCCAUAAACCCUGACUUGGUGGACCUGAGGGAGAGCUUGUCCAAACCGCCUGAAGAAAACCUUCAACAGGCCUUCACAGUAGCUCACCGCAGUUUGGAUGUGCCGCCUCUGCUGGAGCCUGAAGAUGUAACAGCCGACUGGCCGGAUGAGCAGUCCAUCAUCACCUAUGUUUCUAUGUUCCUGGGACUUUGGUCAGACAUGGAUGAGAAUCAGACACCGGAUACGGAUGUUUUUGAGAUUCCUAGCUUUGGAUCAGUCCAGUCCAAAGAGACGAUCGCAGAAGCCUCAAAAGCCCAAGCUCAGCUGCAAAGUUUUGAAAGAAGCAGCGAGCUGCAGCUGUGGAAGCGGUGGUCGAGGAAAUCUUCUGGAACCUCUCCCGCCUCUGCCUCCUGCAUCUCUCCUCUAAGAGCUCUGAAGCUGCCGAGUCCGCUAAACGCAAAAGCAGGCGAUCAGGAGGUCCACAUGUGGGUCAGCAAGGGUUUGGACUGGAGGGAUGAAAGCCAGAGAGGGCAUGAAAGUCCAGUUUCCUUUGGUUCAGAAGAUGGGAGCCUGUCAUCAUUGGACUCUGAUGAGGAGGACGCAUACAGCUACAUCCUAGACCUGAACGAAGAGGCUUUUCAACCAUAUAAGGUGCUGAAAAAGCAAGUGUCAAAAGUAGAGGAGGAAACAGUGGAGGAGAUGAGAGAGGAGCUGAAACACAUGGAAGCUGGAACUGUGAACGGCUUUCAGCCCAAUCAGAACUUAGAUUUCCACUCAGAAUUUGAAGUUUGGGGUCAUCUUGGGCUUCAAAGGAACUUUGAGUUGAACAAAAACCAAAAAAGUUUUACAGAAAGUAAAGACGAAGCGAUGCUUUCAGUGGUCAACAAGAACACAGAGGAGACGGCUGUGGAAGAUCGAGAGGGAGACUAUCAUGAUGGAGAGAAGCAAAAGGAGGUGAAAACAAGCACAAUGGAUGCAAGAAGUACAAAAUCCAAAGACAAAAGCUCAGAGAGGCUCGAUGCUGCUGGAAGAAGUUCAGGAGAUGGCUUUAAGGAGGAAGCAGAGGAGGAGGAAGCUCCUCUUCUGAUGGAUUCUCCUCCAGCCAUGCGAAGGAGCACUGAACUGGAAAUCAGGGGAUUUAACGAUCUGAUCACAGCAAUGGUUCAGUCUGGUGAGAGCCCCCUGGAAAAGCACCAUGGAGACCCCUGUGAUGGCAAAACAAGGUCGACCUCUGGGUUUGAUGCAGCUUCACCAACACUCAGCAGAGAGGACAGGCGCUCCCCUCACUCUUUAGCAGCCUCCUGUGGCCUAACCCCAUUAGAGCUGGAAAUGCUGCUGCUCCUCUGGAUCCUCCUUUACUGCUUCUUCCUCCUGCCUCACAUGAACCCCUGAGUCUCUCUGCUUCGUCACAUUAGCCCACUUUCCACUAAUGAGUCAAACGGGAAACUAGAGCUGGACUAAAUCUGCUGGAGAAUUUCCUUUUUCCUUCUUUUUUAUUAAUUAUGUUUGUUUCUUGCUAAGUCUCAAUGUAAUUUUUUACUAAUAAGAUUGCUGUCCAUUUAAAUAAAACUGUACAGCUUUAAUCCCUGCAAUUUUAUAUGUUUUAAAUGUCAUAACAGGUAAUUUGUGAGCUUGUUGUUUAGUCGACAGGCAAGCCACUGGUUGUGUGGUAAAGCUUCCCCCAAAAGUGCUCUCUUUCGGCCACAUGGUGGCACCGCACCGCCACAGCCGGCUAGAGAAGCGCUCCCACGCCUGCUGAGAAUCCCCACAUGACCUGCUGUUUAAUUAGAGGUUGAGAUUAGGCUGAUAAUAUUUAAUAACGGCUUUGACAUUUUGCCGACUCUCAGAGGGUUACUCCUGGCGCAGCAUCGACACUGUUUCCAUGUUUUUGUCUCACUUCUACCAGUCGAUGGUGUGAACUGCUUUGAGCCGGCUUUCCUCAAGCUUCACUUUCUUAAACUAAAUUUGCUUUUUGGAGGCCGUAUGCACGUUUUGUUUGAAUACUGGAGCCAAAAAUCAGCGGAAAAUAAAGAAGCAACCAGUUAUGUAAGUGUUCGAGACCACAGCCUGUCCUCACUGUGCCACAGAUGCACUUUGAUUGCUGUUGGAAUUCUAAGAACCUGAAAGCAGGCGGCCAUUGUUUGCUCAAAUCUCUGCCCAAAGGUCAAAAACUGAACCUCAGAGAUCGAUGCUCUUUCAACACAGCUGCCACCGCCCCCAUAGGAUCCCUCACCUCCCCUAAAAAGAAGCUCAUCCUGUCUCCAGUGCUUCCGAACCUGGACAGGUGUGUCUUUACCUGGGACUAAUCUGCAUAGAACUGAUUCUGACUCCAGGUUUUGACCUUUGAGUAAAACCUGCUCUUCUGAAGGGGCUCUGAACAACCAGCAGCAUCAUGGGCCUGAACUGAAGUCGUAGUAGUCAGAGCCACUUGAAGCGACUCCUCGCACUGGAAGCCUCCGUGUUCUCGCAGGAAGCCAAAGGACCAAAACUGCUCACUUCCUGUUUGAGGCUGCUUUCAAAUUCAAAUUGGAGCCAGAUCAGUUCACACAGUAACCACUAGGGUGCCUGGUGCACAAGCAAAAUACCAUUUACAGCAAUAAAAGAAACAAACAUCAAU